CGUUUUCCAUGCGUUUCCACGGAAGCAGAUGAAGUGACCCCUUUCGUGAACCGGAUUGUAAUUGUGUGGAAAUGUGUAAGAUCUCCAGUUAAAAAAUCACAAAGCUGUGAGCCUUACUAUAUGGUGAACCCGUAUAGCAAAUUAUUGAUAACGAGAGAUAUAGUACAUAGAUCUAUUCCAGCAGAUCGUCCUCCAAAUAGCCUCUCAGGAUGUCUGAAGACGGAUCAGGUCAGACGGCACCGAACCGUAUCCCCAUAAACACGAGCAUGAAUGUUAAUCAACCGCAGAGGCCCGUGCACUGCAAAACGCCGAUACAAAUCCUCCACGAGUACGGCAUCAAGACCGGCAACCUGCCGGUGUACACCAUGGAGAAGGCAGAGGGGGAGGCCCACCAGCCCAGCUUCAUCUUCAACGUCAAGAUAGAAGACGUGUGCUGCUCAGGUCACGGUUCCAGUAAGAAGGCGGCCAAACACCGGGCGGCCGAGGGCGCUUUGAGCCUGCUGCAGAUCAACAUGGGAUCCGCUGUGUGCCCUGCCGUCAAACAAGAAAGCAACGGUGUCGCAGCAGAGCCCAGCGAACACCCCAACUCAGUCGGCAUACUGCAGGAGCUCGCUCUGCAGCGAGGUUGGCGUCUCCCCGAGUACACAGUCCUCAUGGAGGCCGGCCCGCCCCACCGGAGGGAGUUCACGGUGACCUGCCGCAUGGAGUCCCUCUCUGAGACCGCCGCGGGGAACUCGAAAAAGGCCGGGAAGCGAGCGGCGGCCAAUAAGAUGAUUGCGAAGCUCCAGAGUCUGUCGGGAUGCGGAGAAAUAACCUGGGCCCCUAAACCCAGCAUCCGUCUGGAGGAGCUGCGGAGCUCCACCGCGGAGAAGCUCUCUCUGCUGCGCCGGAGCCCCCUGAGCAUCCCCAACACGGACUACAUCCAGAUGAUGUCGGAGCUCGCCACGGAGCAGAGCUUCGAGGUCGCCUACUUCAACAUCGACGAGCUGACGGUGAACGGGCAGUACCAGUGCCUGGUGGAGCUGUCCACCACGCCGGUGACCGUGUGCCACGGGACAGGCAUCAGCUGCGGGAACGCGCAGAACGACGCGGCGCACAGCGCUCUGCAGUACGUCAAGAUCAUGGCGUCGGCCAACUGAAGCCCGGCCACAUCAGUGGCACCCACCUGUUCGUCACGUUUUUUUAUGUAUCUCCGAAGAGAGAGGUGUGUGUGUGUGUGUGUGUGUGUGUGUGUGUGUGUGUGUGUGUGUGUGUGUGUGUGUGUGUGUGUGUGUGUGUGUGUGUGUGUGUGUGUGUGUGUGUGUGUGUGUGUGUGUGUGUGUAUAUACCCAUGGACACAUUGAGACCUUUUUUGUCGGUUUUUUCAUUUGUAUUUAUUUUUGGUUUAAAUCCAUGGACACCAGUUACUUCUGAAUGUCCAUAAAGCGCUCGUUGGUAAGCUUUGUGUGUGGCCCUGUCGAGUGAUGCGUUGUGUUCUACGUCUUGUUCUUUUAAAACACUCAUUUGAGCGGCAGCUUUAGCCCCAGAAUGGAAUCAAUGGAACAAGCACUUCUUGAUGAGUGAUGAGAUUUACUAGGAUUAAUAUAUCUAUAUGUUAAGGGAGCUAAUGGAUGGAAAUAGUAAAUGGUAUUGUUUGUUUAAGAGUAAUGGAAAGGCCUUCUAUUUGAGUUUAUUUUCUAUCCUGUUAAUUUGAUGAUGUGUAACUAAUGAUAGCCAUUUGGUUAGGACAAGUCUGUGUUUAGAAACGUUUCGUGACUUGACACUAAAAUAGGAACUAGUCUCGGUAGCUACAAAUGCCAUUCCCCUUAAAAAAAUUGUUGUGACUGAAAAGUAUUUUGACAGUACUGUUCAACUUAAUUUCUGUCUUUUUCCAGCCUUUUUACCCAAACGUUCAUCUGUACUUUGAAAAUAUGAAAAAACAAUUGUGACAUUUGUUUCAA